AUGCCAGAUUACCGUCUAGUGCAUUGUAAAGAACAACAAGCUUUGCUGGAUGUCUUCUUGGUUUGUAAAUGUGAGAUACAACUUCCUUCCCAGACUGACCUGACCUGGAUACCCACCAUGCACAACAGCACUGCAGAAACUCCGCACGCGGCUACGACGUGUAACGAGACUUGGCCCAGCCAGCCGCUGAGCUCCGAGUUCUCACUGGGUGUGUUGGUGCUGCUGGCUUUCCUCAUGGUGCUGCUGUGUGUGGUGACCAUCCUUGGAAACAUCCUGGUGAUCCUUGCUUUUGUUAUGGACAGAAACCUGAGGCAUCGGAGUAACUAUUUCUUUCUGAAUCUUGCUGUUUCUGACUUUGCAGUGGGUGUGUUCUGCAUGCCCCUCUACAUCCCUUACAGCCUGACAGGGAAAUGGCACUUGGGAAGAGGCAUCUGCAAGUUCUGGCUGGUUAUGGAUUAUCUCCUCUGCCCAGCUUCAGUAUUUAACAUUGUUCUUAUCAGCUAUGACCGUUUCCUGUCAGUUACUAAAGCUGUAUCUUACAGAGCCCAGCAGGGAAUAAAAUCCAGCCCUGCCAUCCAGAUUGUGGCCAUCUGGGUCUUUGCCUUCCUCCUGUACUGCCCAGCCAUCCUGUUUUGGGAGCACCUGGCCGGACACAGCGUGGUAGCAGCGGAUCAGUGCCAUGUCGAGUUCUUUGACAACUGGUACUUCCUCCUGUGUGCAUCCACCCUGGAGUUCUUUGUGCCACUGCUCUUGGUGAGCUACUUCAACAUGCACAUCUUCCACAACAUCCAGAGGCGCCAGCGGUGUGGCAGCGUGCAGGACUGUGAGCCUGCAAGGAGCAGCAGCCUGUCCUGGAGGUUUUGUGGCUUGCCGAGGCCAGGGGCAUCAUUUCCUACAUCAGAAGCAGAGGACAGUGUUUCUUCUUCCAUGAGACCAAAGAAAGAAUCUUUGGAAACUGACUGCUCAUCUCCAUCCAUAGACAAUUCUGUAACCCCAGAAAAUUAUUUUUCUGUUUCUUUCUGUACAAAGACCAGAUCAAAACUGCAGUGGGACAAGAAAGUAGCGAAAUCUCUUGCCAUAAUUGUCUGUGUGUUUGCCAUUUGCUGGGCCCCAUACUCUUUAUUAAUGAUUGUUCGUGGGGCCUGCCAGGGAAAGUGCAUCCAUAACUCCCUGUAUGAAGCAACCUUUUGGCUAUUGUGGAUCAAUUCUUCUUUGAACCCAUUUCUUUACCCUCUCUGUCAUGUUAAAUUUCGAAUAGCUUUUCUUAAAAUACUAUGUCACAAAAGGUUUGCUACAUUGAGAUCAGGUUCUUUUUAG